UUGAACAGUUCUGAGUCUGGACAAGAGUGUAGGUGCAUUUACUUUACUUAUCACCUGCUUGUCUAAAUGGAGAGUGAUAGGAUAACAGUCCUAUAUCACACAAAAUGGAUUCUUGUGAGCUUUAAGCCAUGUUAUAAUGUUGUUACCACAUCGAAAACAAAUUUGGAGUUAAACCAACUGUCGGAAUUCUGUUUCAGGUUUUCAGGAUUGGGUCUAGACCCGCACUGUUUCUUGGGAAAAGAACCAGGUGCAUUCUUCCAGGCAAAACAAUAAUGUGACUGAAGCUAAUGUCAGACCCACUACUGGAAAAGUUACACAGUGAAGCUUGAACUAUAGGAUAAAUAAUACAGCUAUAUCUAAAGUGAAACAGAUGUCAGUAUUGUGAGUGGCUCGCAUCUCUACAAUCUGGCAUGCAACUUGGUCUGGUGGAGUCACUUGCUUGUCACCAUGGCGACAGAAUUAUUAUUUUUUUAAAUGAAAACAAAAUAAAGGCACAAAGGCCUAAAGGCCAGAACCGCUUUGAUUCAAAGCCAUAAUGUUGACCAGAGUUUAUAUGGGUGAGUCAGAAACAGUCGGUCGUUGACACACUUGUAGACAGACACAGAGAAGUAGAAGUCUCCAACUGCAAACAUACUUGUUAGUUAUUAUUAAGAUUAUUGAUACUAAUAACAUUAUGGGAAGAAAGAACAACAAAACACCUAGUCGUAUGGCGAUUAGUGAGAACCAGACACACAAACCACUUGCUGAAGCUGCUUCAGGCCAUUGUUGUGAAACAAUGGUGGACGACCUUCAGACAACUAAAACCAAGGCAUCUCAAGCUCCCAGGGGAGCUUCAACCAACCAAAGGCCCAAGAAAAUCUGGCAUCAGGGCAAUGGAUCAGAGAUGUUUGAAGCAAGUCAAAAGUAUGUACCAAGAGGAGAAAGGAGACAGAGGGCAGAGACAACACCCAAUCAUGGCAGAGCCACUGGUAAUGAAAUCAACAGGGAGAGCUCUCAAGCUGCUAACAACUGGGGAAAGAGCGGUGGAAGGAGAGGCAAUGGACCCCGACCUGAUAGGGAGGGUCCAAAACACCACAAAGCACAAACUGAAGCAACACAAGCUUCACAAGAGAAAGCAAAGCCCGAGUUUGUGCUUGCUCCUAUACCAACAGAAAAUCCCUGCUUUAAGACAACUGCAAAAUCACAGCAAGACAGUCCCUCCAGACAGGCUACUGAAGUUACAUAUGACAGUCAAAACUGGUGGAAACCUCCACCAGAAACUCAAGUGUAUCUUCAGAGCCCACCCAAAGAACAGAGACUACCGAGACGCCUUCCAAGAACGGCAGGUGACCGCAAUACUCCAGCGAAACCUGGUGAAGUGAAACCAGCCCCAAAGCCCAGCAAAGAUGGAGGCUGUUCAAGUUUCACUGUAGAGACUGUAGAAACUCAAAAUUGUGGCAGGAGCAGCAAACAAACUUUAAGAUUGCAAGCUCUCCUGAUCCAUCAGGAGUCUCACAACACCGGUCCCAGGGUGGUCCAAGAGGAAGCACAAAAAACUGACCCUGAAAACACCAAACAAAGUGAUCGGUUCUAUGGUGAAAUACCAGACGAACCGGACGAGGUCAUCACAAGACCACCAGGAGCAGGCAACAAACGACGAAAAAAGAAGAAAAGCUCCAGGGCCGGAUUUCACUUUUUUUGUUUUGGUGAUGAACCAGAAGGCGGUGGAUUUUACCUAAACUAAACUAUUUUGUCUGUAUUUUAGAUUAGACCUGUGCUUCCCACAGUGGGUUUUGUGAACAACCUUUGGGGCCCCCAGCAAUGCCUCUGAGGCCCCCAGGGCCCCCCCAAAGGCCAUUUACAAGACAAGCAUGCUUUAUAGUAGUAUUAUGCCUACAGCCAUAAUUCUAUAUUGUUUAACAUGUAAAUGUAAGAGGAAAAACAUAAAAAUACAUAUUCAGUUAAAUAGUUUCAAUUAUUAUUUGGGGCCCCCGCAUGAUCUUCGUAUUGAUGGGGGCCGUGACCGUUCAUAAAAAUGUGCUACGUCACUUUUCUUGUAGCUGGGUUUAUGUGAAUAUUUUAGAGUAUGGCAUUAAAUGUAUUUUAUUUAUUCAAUUACUACAUUACUAUAUUCAAUCAUAUUUUCAUUGGUCAAUUUUUUU